AUGUUUGAUUCUGCUGUUCCUGGAUUGAGGGCUAAAAGAAUUCAGGUAUUCAUUUGCUGCUUUAUGCAAUACGCUAUGUUACAUUCAUGUAGAUCAACUUGGAGUUUCACAAGUGGUAUUUUGGCAAAAUAGGAUGAUCAUGAACAUGACGAUGAAAAAAUUGAUGAUUUCGAUAAAAAGUACUUGGGAUACAUAAAUUUUUCGUUCCUUUUUGUUUAUGGAUCGUCAAUGCUUUUUCUUGGUCAAAUUGGAGAUAGAAUAGGUCCAAAACUAUUUAUGUUAUGCGGAACAUUUUCUACAGGAAUCGUAUAAUUCAUGAUAGCUGCCUUAUUGCCAGUUGAGAAACAUAAUCGAUGGUUAUUGCUUGUUCUUUAAAUUUUGAAUGGUGUUUCUUAGGCUCCCGCUUGGCCAGGAUUGAUGGCUAUAAUGAACAAUUGGCAGAGUAAACCAAAUAAAGUCAUAGUAAUGGGGUAUUUCGCAGCCUGCACAAACGUUGGUAAUAUCUUAGGAGACCUGUUUGCUGCUCUAUUGAUUGAAUAAUUAGGCAUGAGUGUUAUGGCUCCUAUUUAUGUAUCUGCAAUUGGUGUUUUAAUUAUGUCAGUCAUCAACAUCUAUAUGAUUGAAGCUAGUUCAGCCAAAGAAUACAUAGCCUAAUUUAAAAACCCAUUGACUAAAUCAUUAGUUUAUAAACAGGCUCAUGAUGAGUACAUGAGCAGAGCUGCUUCAGUAGUUUCUGUCUCAGAACAAUCAUUUGUCACUGACUUAAGUUAGACUCUUAUGACUGUAGACAGGGACUCUCAAAUGAAUCCAUAUGUCCCUCCUAAGCCAAAGAAGAAUAAAAAAGAUAGUAUAAAUAUGAUUUCGGCUUGGAAAUUGCCUAAUGUCGCCUUAUAUGCUUUGGCGUUUGGCUGUAUAAAGGCUGUUUUCUAUAUUCUUGCCUUCUGGCUACCUUCAUAUCUGAAGGGAUAAAAUCUGGAAGGAGUAGCAUGGAUCACUUAAAUGAUUGAAUGGGGUACAAUCCCAGGAGGUAUCUUAAUAUGGUAUUAUACUGUGAUUAUUCUAGUUAUGCAGGAGUCUAUUGGAAUCUAAGGGCUAGUCUUAUUGUGCCUUCAUUGUGGCAUAAACUUUUUAUCAAAAUUGGAAUAACCUUAUGCUCUCUAUUAUAUCUUAGUAUUUUUGACAGGAUUAAUGAUCGGCGGUGUGUAUAAUAAUGUUUCAGGUGCCAUUGUGAUUGAACUGAGUAAUAUGAAAGAAUUGAAAGGAAACAAGAAAUCUACAGCUACUGUUACUUCAGUUGUCAUGGGAUAUGGUGCAGUGUUUGCAGCAAUAAAUCAAUUGAUUGUACCAUAUUUAGAAUCAAUUCUUUUCUUAUACUGCAGUCUCAAUGCAAUUGUGGCAGGUUGCUUCCUCAUUCCCUUAAUUAUAAACGAAUACAAAAGACACAAGGAACAGAAGUUAAAAGUUGCCAUUGGUUAAUGA